AUGGUUGACGGUGAUGAUGAGUCGUCCGAUCAUACUGGAGAAAGUGGCAAAAGUGCAAUGUUUAAGUGCUGUAAAACCAGAGAGUGUCGUACCGCAGUAUGUGUAAACUGUGGGGCUGCCGUGCAUUCGGGUUGUUUAAGUCGUACAAAGUGUGUCAUAAUUGAUUCUACCAGAAUUAUAUGUUGUGGUGAAGAACGAACCUCAAAAUCUCCAACUAGUGCAAAUGCAAAGAAAUUCAAAUUCAGUCUCGAACAAGUGAAUUUAACCAGCCUAAGAAGGGAAAAUGAGCUUCUAAAGACCCUCUUUCAGCAAAGUGAGGAAAAAAAUGCAAUUCUGAAGGAAAAUAAUCAAUUAUUAAAAGAAAAAAUCGAAAUAUUACAAUCUCAACUAAACGCAACCUCAGCAGCAUCUACCGCACAAUCGCUACCCAAGAAUUACAAAGCAGCUAUUGAAAAAGGAAAGACAGGGCUCCCCCUCAUAAAAAUACCAAGUACUGCUACUACCCAACAGAUAGCAGCACCAUUAAACAUACAAAAGCAACCAACCAAAGUUCAACAACAACAAAAUGGAGUAAAUGAAAACAAUCUAAAUGAAUAUCAAAACAAACAGCAGCAAAUCAUGAACAGCGUCCUAAACCUUGUCGAAAAUGAUGGUUUUCAAUAUCAAAAACGCAAACAAAGGAAAAUCAUACACAUUGGUGAUGCCGAAGUGAACGAUUCCUCAUUUACAGGAGCUCCAAAAAAGGUAUGGAUCCUUUUAACUAGAGUAUCCCCAGAGACUACUGUAAAUACUGUUGAAACCUUUUUAAAAAGUAAACCCAACAUGUGCAAUAGAACUUUUGAUGUUGUAGAGCUGCCUUAUGAGAGAAACACGAAAUGUUUUCGAAUUGGUGCAGACUAUGCACUAAAAGACAAGCUGUAUGACAAGGAUUUCUGGCCGAGAAACGUCAGAUACGCCAGAUAUUACUGGAAAAAAACGAGGAUAAAGUAA